GGUAACCAUACUGUCGGUAACCGGGGCGGUUCUAUGUUUGAUAGAGCUGGGCGUGGGCUCGACACUCCUCAUCCCCUCUGCUCUCUGUGGAAGCACAUUGUUCAACGCGGGCUCGUUUUACCCAGAACCAAUGAAUGCCUUGGUGCAUUACAGCUACUGAAAAUUAAACGCGUUACCAGAUAGAAUAAGGUGCAGAUGCUAAAGACGGCGGGAAGCGGACCGAGAACAUUUUGUUUCCUUCUGAUAAACGCCAACGUUACAGCUAAGAGGCAACAGAGUUGAAUCUUUUUUCUUCUUCACCGGUAGACGAAACGUCGCUCUUGUCGCUAAUUAGACCUCUGCUCGUUCAGCGGUGUGUGUGUGGUGAGCAGCAGCGGCAAAGAUGACGGAGUAUAAGCUGGUGGUGGUGGGAGCUGGAGGUGUGGGCAAGAGUGCACUUACCAUCCAGCUCAUCCAGAACCACUUUGUGGAUGAGUAUGACCCCACCAUAGAGGACUCGUACAGGAAACAGGUUGUGAUUGACGGGGAAACCUGCCUGCUGGACAUCCUGGACACUGCAGGUCAGGAGGAGUACAGCGCCAUGAGGGAUCAGUACAUGAGGACAGGGGAGGGUUUCCUCUGUGUCUUCGCCAUCAACAACACCAAGUCUUUUGAGGACAUUCACCAGUACAGAGAACAGAUCAAACGUGUGAAGGACUCAGACGAUGUUCCCAUGGUGCUUGUGGGAAACAAAUGUGACCUCCCGGCACGCACGGUGGACACAAGGCAAGCCCAAGAACUUGCCCGCUCUUACGGCAUCCCUUACAUCGAGACCUCUGCCAAAACACGACAGGGAGUAGAGGACGCCUUCUACACACUGGUUAGGGAGAUCAGACAGCAUAAGCUGAGGAAGCUGAACCCACCUGAUGAGAGCGGUCAGGACUGUAUGAGCUGUCGCUGUGUGGUAUCGUGAUGCAGCUGACUGUUGGCACGUUGAGGGAAAAAAAAAAUGCUACAGCGCGUAGUGGCAGCAUGGACUUAAAGAUAGAAAGAUAAAACGACUCAAUGAUGAAAUAUAAACUUUUUUCAAAAAGAGGAGGAGUGAAGCAAAAGCUCUCAAGGAAACCACCAGAGCUGACUGAACCAUAGACCUUCAUGGAAAGGAGGGUUUGGACUGUUGCCUAAGUGGCUACCUGAAAUAGCCCAGUCCGGCCCCUGUUUUUUGGUCCACACGUCGACCUGUGAGCAACACCACUAAUGACUCUUUUUCACCUCCAGUGUGGUCUCGCUGGGUAGCUCAACAAGUUUCCUGCUAACUUAUUGUUUUCAGUCUCAACACUGGUCUUAAAGGGGGUGUUUCCGACCUCCUCCCACCUUGAAAGCCUAAUUCCAUCCCCC